AUGAAGGCAGCAGCAGUGGCUGGUUUCUUGGCUUCCGUUUUGUAUUCACAGCAGGCUGUGGCAACUUACGGCUGGAACGAUGCUCAAUCUUUCUCAAACCCUGAUAACAGUAACAACAAAUGUGUUGGUGACCAGUCCGGCGGCUGGGACUUCGGAAAGGUACCAACUGGUCAAGUGGGCAGCUAUGACGGGUUUCAAUUUUCUGGUUUCUCGUGCCAAGAUGGUUUCAAUGCGCGAAGUGGAAGGCGUGGUAUGAAGAAGCGGACUCAAUUCGAUGGCAAAGCUAUUGUUGGACAAGCCACCAAGGAUGAUGCAAGUUGCCCAAAGAUCUCAGGUCAAGACAAGGACUUCUCCAUUACAGAAAUGCACGUCUCCACUGACAAGGACGCCGACCUUACCUUCGAGUACGACAUGCCUGAUGGCUCUACGUGCAAACAAAAGACGAGAUGCUCAACAGAUGGAACAGUGGUCAAGAACAGCCAAUGUGGUGGUGCCAAACAAGUCAAGGUCAAGGGCUCAACCAUCGACAAAGGCGUUUGUGUCCCUACACCACCAAGUACCACAACCGUGCCUACUACCACGCCAGCCACCACGACUCCUCAGACGACCACACCUUUGACAACAUCCACAUGUUCCGAAGGAAGCACCAUGGAUAAGGGCGUGUGUGUCCCUCGCACUUUUAUUACUACUACGACAGCCUGCGCUGCAACAGAAUCGAAGGAUGGAACUGGUAAAUGUGUCCCCACUGGCGGUGUUACCACGACUUCGACUUGUGGCGAAGGAUCAACGAUCGACUCAACCAAGAGUGUAUGUGUUCCCAAAACUCCUACUGGUGGCAUCACUUCCACUACCACCACUACCUGUGCUGAAGGUUCGACUAUGGACACGACAAAGAGUGUCUGCGUUCCGAAAACACCCACUGGUGGCAUUACGACGACAUCUACUGGAGGCGUUACAACAAUAACCACGACCACAGCUUGUGGUGAAGGUUCUACCAUGGAUACAACCAAGAGUGUUUGCGUCCCUAAAACUCCUACAGGAGGCAUUACAACAACCACAACUGCAGCUUGUGUCACGACAGAAACCCUCUCUGGCGGCGUUUGUGUACCCACCACCACUCCGGCUGGCUCGACUACUACGUCCUGCGGUCCUUCUUCGGCCAAGUCGAACGGUGUCUGUGUUCCAGUCGUGACUCCACCAUCCUGCAAGGACGAUGAAGAAGUCAAGGAUGGAAAGUGUGGUCCAAAAGGACCUACUGGUGGGUCCACGUUGCCUACAUCAACUCCACUAGCCACAACUGCUUGCUCCAGUGGAUCAACCAUGGACAAGGGAUCAUGUGUAGCUCCCCCUACAGGUGGUAGUACAACAACGAUCCCAGCCACGACUCCUGGUACAUCACUGCCUCUAAGCAGCACAACCACGACUGGUCAAACCACUACCUCAACCGUGGUUUGCAAGGACGACGAGGAGACAAAGGACGGCAAGUGCGUCAAGAAGCCCACUGGUGGUAUCACAUCUAGCACUAGUCCGAGCAGCACACCAGUAGCCACCACUUCAUCCACCUCGGCUCCUUCUUGCAAGGAUGAUGAGGAGUUCAAGGACAGCAAGUGUGUCAAGAAACCUACUGGAGGUGUGACAUCGAGUAGCAGCACACCAAUCGCUACCACAUCGACGACCACAACUUCAGCUGUAACUUGCCAAGGAGACGAGGAGUUCAAAGAUGGGAAGUGUGUGAAGAAGCCGACUGGAGGCUUGACAACCCGAAGCAGCACCACUCUUGCUACCAGCUCGUCCACCACCGCAUUGUCGUCUAACGAGACACCAAUUCCAGAAGCUGGAUGCCCAGAUGUUCUACCACGAUGCUUUAGCACUUGGAUGCAGAAAGCUGGCUCCUGCUCAUCCAACUCUGAUAUCUCGUGCUUCUGCCCAUCCCCCGAUUUCAUCUCGUCUGUCCAAGAUUGUGUCUCAGCUUGGGGUGGCUCUGAUGCCAACGUCCAAGCUGCGUUCUCUUACCUUGCUGGUAUUUGUGCAGACUUUGUCCCGAAGAAUCCAGGUAUCUGCACUGGUAUCCCAUCGAGCAUCACUCUAGUGCCACGACCAACACCGGCUCCUUCUACUUCGGUUCCAGUCACUGGCGGCUCAGGUGCACCACCCGCGCCUACAAAGCCUGCCGAGAUCCCAAGCACAGUCAUCACCUUCACCCGUACCGAGACCAGCACUAUCAUUACACAGACAGUGACUGUGCCACAAGUCAGCUUCAACACCAUCACACAGCAAGCUCCUGUGACUGGCGGUGCUACAUCUAAUGUUGUGCCCACAUCAACGCAAGGUGUCGGUCUUGUUCCAGCUUUGCCAGUGACCACUCCGGCUGCUAGCAGCUCUGCUCCAGACACUUGGGGUGCAUGGAGUUCACCAAGCUCAUCAGCCGCAACACCUAUCGCAGCCCAGACCAGCACCACCGCUUUCGUGCCAAGCACCUCAAGCGGUGUACCAGCAACCAAGACUGGCAACAGCCCCAUCAGUACAUUCACUGGUGCCGCAAACAAGCCAGCCUAUGCCAUCGCAGCUGGCUUGUUCGGUGUCGUUGCAUUCCUUGCAUAA